AUGGAGUCAGAUCAAGAGUCGAUCAACUCGUACAAUUCCCAACAAUCCUACAACCAGGUGCCCCAGUCGUAUGUGCCGUCGUCCACGCGCAAUUCGCGCGACGCAGAAUCCGCGUCGCAACAACGUCUCAGAUUGGUCCCCACCGAGACCGUCAAGUCGCUGCAAGAGAUGGGGCUGACCCCUGAGGCGCCGCUGCCGGACGUCAACGCUCCGGCCACGUCCGGAGCUCCAAUUUUCCCCGAGGAGUAUACCAUGGAAACCCCUACCGGGUUGGUCCCCGUGGCCACGCUGCACUCUCUGGGCCGGACUGCCACCGCGAUCUCGCGUACGCGUACACGGCAGCUGGAGCGCCGCGGGUCCGCCACGUCGUCGUCUGAGGAGUCCAAGCGGCUGCCCAUCGACGGCUCGGGCGAAAAAGACACGUCCGGCGCCGACGCGGACGGCGCGGACUUGGACCCGGACAUCGAGUUUGUGACGUUCGUCACAAACGACCCGCAGAACCCGCACAACUGGCCGCUGUGGUUGCGGUGGGUGUACACCAUCGUGCUGUCGAUUCUGGUGAUCGCCGUGGCGUACGGUUCUGCGUGCAUCACAGGUGGGCUGGGUCUGGUCAACGACAAGUAUCACGUGUCGACGGAGGUGUCGAUUCUGACGUGUUCGCUGAUGGUCAUUGGUUUCUCGCUCGGGCCGCUGAUCUGGUCGCCCGUCAGCGACCUGUUCGGGCGGCGUGUGGCGUACUUCUCGUCGCUUGGCCUCUACGUGAUCUUCAACAUUCCGUGCGCGCUGGCGCCCAACAUCGGUGGGCUGCUGGCGGUGCGCUUUCUAUGUGGUGUGUGGGCGUCGUCCGGACUUUGUCUGGUCGGCGGGUCGAUCGCCGACAUGUUCCCCUCGGAAACCCGUGGCCGUGCCAUCGCGUUUUUCGCCUACGCGCCCUACUGUGGGCCGGUGUUCGGGCCGCUCGUGAACGGGUUCAUCAGUGUGUCCACGGGCAGGCUGGAUCUGAUCUGGUGGGUCAACAUGGCGUUCUGCGGGGCCAUGUGGAUCAUCGUGGCCUUCAUCCCAGAGACGUUUGCGCCCGUGAUCUUGAAGCGUCGUGCUGCCAAGCUCAGACGCGAGACCGGCAACCCCAAGAUCAUGACGGAACAGGAGGCGCAGGGUCUCAGUGUCAACGAGAUGAUGCGCGCGUGUCUGUUGCGUCCGCUUUACUUUGCCGUGACCGAGCCCGUGCUGGAUCUCAUGUGUUUCUACGUGUGUCUGAUCUACUCCCUGCUAUAUGCGUUUUUCUUUGCAUACCCGGUGAUUUUCGGCGAGCUGUACGGCUACAAGGACAAUCUGAUCGGGCUGAUGUUCAUCCCCAUCCUGAUCGGUGCGUCGAUCGCGCUGGCCACCACCUUCUACUGUGAGAACAAGUACAUCGCCAUCACCAAGCGCCGCAAGCCCACCCCGGAGGACCGUCUGCUCGGUGCCAUGAUUGGCGCGCCCUUCGCUGCCAUCGCGCUGUGGAUCUUGGGUGCCACCUCUUACAAGCAUAUCAUCUGGGUCGGACCCGCGUCCUCCGGUCUGGCCUUCGGCUACGGUAUGGUGCUGAUCUACUACUCCUUGAACAACUAUAUCAUCGACUGUUACGCCAUGUACGCCUCCAGUGCCCUGGCCACGAAGGUGUUCUUGAGAUCCGCCGGUGGUGCCGCUUUCCCACUGUUCACCAACCAGAUGUACCAUAAGCUGGGUCUGCAAUGGGCAAGUUGGUUGCUGGCCUUCAUCUCCACCGCCAUGAUUCUCAUUCCCUUUGCAUUCUACUACUACGGUAAGGGCUUGCGUGCAAAGCUAUCCAAGAAGGAUUACUCUUUCGACGGCAUGGAGUGA